UUAUGUGAGAUCGUUUAAGGUAAAAGUUAUGCCAUCCAUUUUUGUGAAUUUGUCGUUUUUUAUUUGUCGAAAAAUUUAAAUUAUCAGAAAUGUCUGCGUCUAAAAAAGGAUUUACCCAAGAUUUACCUCCUAAAGGAGGAUAUGCUCCUUUUCAAAUAGCACGAACUAAACUACGUACUAUAUUCACAGGUCGUUUGAGUAUGGGAAUAUUUGUUGCUGUUAAUGUAUUUGGAUUUCCUCUUUACUAUCAAACUUGGAAAGAAAAUAAACAAAAUAUUAUUGAAGCAAAAAGUCAAGAAUUAGCUACACUUCCUAUUUUAUAUGCAGAAAGAGAUAGAACACUGUUAAAACAUAUGAAACGAUUGCGAGAUAUAGAAGAUGAUGUAAUGAAGGAUUUUCCAUAUUGGGAAGUAGGUACACUUUUUGGAACGAAAAUAUAUGAAUCAUUACCAGAAGAUACAUAUGUUGAGCCUAUGCCUAUGGAGUUAUAUACUUAUACAUCUCUUAAAGAUUAUCCAUUAUAUUAUUAUUCUUAUAUGAUAACAUAAAUAAAUUAUUUAUUAAGAUUUA